AUGGCGACAACACAGACCGUCACGGUCAAGCACACAGGCUCUGAGUCUGUUGGCGAACGCCGCGUCUCGAUGAUUCGCAUCGAGACGACCAGCGUCCGAUCUCGCGAAAGCGAACGACAUGAAGUCGAUCAACAAGCUGCGCAUAUUUCCAAGUUGCGUAGCACAAUUAUCGUGUUCCAAAUGUGCGGUAAUACCAUGUUGUCUAGUAUCAUCAACGGCCUUGUCACUGUUGGACUUCCUACGAUCACAAAGGACCUCAACCUACCUUCUUCACUAUCUUUCUGGCCGGUAUCUGUAUCCGGACUCUCAACUGCCUCGACCCUAUUGUUGGCAGGAUCAUUGGCUGAUGUCGUUGGUCCGCGAUGGGUUGACCUAGUUGGCACUUUUGCGAGCGGCGCGUUGAUGCUUGGGAUGGGCUUUGCGAAGGAGGGUACUCAAUUGGUUGCGAUGCGUGCCAUCCAGGGUGUUGGUCUCGCUCUUCACCUUGCAUCUGCAGUGGGCAUUGCGACCCAGGUCUUUCCGCAAGGAAAAAGCAGGAAUAUGGCUUUCGCGUGUCUUGGGAUGGCUCAACCUGUUGGCUUCUGUCUUGGUCUCGUUCUGGGUGGAGUGUUUGUGGAUACUGUCGGCUGGCGUGUUGGCUGGUAUAUCGCUGGUGGUGCAGCCCUCUUUCUGUCGUUUGUUGGGCUGUGGGCACUUCCUGGUAGUCCACAUCCUCGCAAAUUGGAAAAUAUUAUGCAUGAUUUGAAGUACAAGAUUGACUGGGUUGGGGCGCUGCUUGCGUCCGCUUUCAUGGCGCUUCUUUGCUAUUUGCUUGCAAUCCUCAGCUCAAAUGUGUAUCGCAUCAAGGAGACCGCCAGUAUUGUGAUCCUUUGUCUGGCCGCAAUUGCGCUGCCUUCAUUCGUCAUAUGGAUCCAUUACCAGGUUCGCCGUGGAAGGCCAGCACUUAUUCCCAAUUCCUUUUGGAGAAAUGCAACUUUCUCGAGCAUAUGUGCUACCAUUGCGCUCUCAUUUGCGGUGAUCAACUCCAUGGAGCUCUUCGCCAGUCUGUUCUUCCAAGAAAUCCAGCAACUAUCUGCCCUCCAAGCUUCCAUUCGUAUCCUUCCAAGUCUUGUUGUCGGCGUUCUCGUCCAAGUCACCGCAGGUUUCUUCGUCCACAGAGUACCCGCCAUCUGGAUCGUUGUACUUACCGCCGUUCUAUGCUCACUCUCUCCUCUACUCAUGGCCACAGCCCAGCCAUCUUGGACAUAUUGGACAAAUACCUUCGUGGCCCAACUCCUACAGCCAGUGAACUGCAAUGCUCUCUUCACCGUUGGCUUGAUCAUUAUUACAGAUAUUUUCCCAGAGGACACGAAAGCUCUUGCGGGCGCUGUAUUCAACACUGCAGCACAAUUCGGUACUGCUCUUGGAUUUGCAAUUCUGCAGGUCAUUUCCUCGGUUGUUACUGAGAAUAAAGAAGUCAACGAGGGUGAGGUUACUGCCCUGUUGGCAGGUUAUCGGGCAAGCUUUUGGACCAUGUUUGCUUUCAUGAUCCUCUGUACGGCUAUUUCGGGGCUCGGUCUUCGGAAAACUGGGCGGAUUGGAUUGAAGCGUGAUUAA